AUUCGCCUUCAUAACCGCUGGAGUGAAGAUUAUUGAGAAAAGUCAUUGGCCAAAACUUCAAGAUGUCUUCUGUUGGUGAUCUUUCUGUUGGUGAGUGAUUUAAUGAGUUGCUUUAACCAUUGACUUUUAUGAUCAAGCUAGAAAUACUUUAGGAGGAAUAUAACUGAAUCGACAACUUCGCAACGGAACUCUCUUGACACCUAGUAACAUUAUCAUCGAGUCACUACGCAGGGGCCUCUAAUUUUUGGUAAAUUUUGUGGUGGUAGUUUUAUUAGAAAAAGUUUAAUCAAAACCUGGUAACAUUGUUUAUAUGAAGAAAAAUGCUCAGAAAAGGCUACGGGUUUUAGUUUUAGUGUGAAUAAGUGAAUAAUUUCGCAAUAUAUUUUGAAAUAUAUAGGCGGAAGUAGACUCAGUAUCUUUCCAUAAAACGUGGAAAACGUAACUGAGAAAAGUCAAUACAAGGAACUGAGGCUGUAACGUCUUAGGUACAAUAAAAUACGGUCUGGAAUUGCGUGAUCAAAUUGCUUCAGCGAAGGAGUCGCGAGACGCAACAAACCGAUAAAAAGUCAAUUACAUUCUUCUUCUAACCAUAUAUGACACAAUUUUAGUAAUACCGUAAAACCAGCUUCGGAAGUUCGUAACGUGGAAUACUUCACAUUAUCUUUAACUUAAUAUUGGUGUCGUUUUAACGCUUGAAUCAGCGACGAAAAGUGCAUGGUCAGUGCUAAGUUAGGACGUACAUUAUGAGUUGCCCCUGUCGUACAUGUAUGCAAAUUAAGAUUUGCCCAAUCACGUCUCGUGCAAAUUUUAAAAAUUUAGCCGAUAACAUGCAUCAUAAAAAGCUUAUUUACUUUUUCAAUCGUUUGUUCUUUAAAAUUUGAUGUUUUUGUAUCUCAACCAAAAAUAGUAUUUUUGGGGUUCGUCUGGCCUAAGGACUUGAACAUCGAUGGUGACUCAGUGCCAUGUCAGCUUGUGUCAGUUCAUGCUUGAGUGAGUACUCAGCUAAAAAAAGAGGAGAGGAUACUUGAAUGGAAAAUAUCUUAUCUCCUGAGGCACAACUCUUGUCUUUUUGUUUUACAAAAUAUGUUUGAACACUGCUUAGAGUGUUUUUCCUUAGACUUUUUUAAGGCGAAAAGACUCUAUACAACUUGGUUGUUGUCUCUUGUCUACAACCAGGAGGUCACAAGGAAACGUUUUUAUGAACUAAUCAUGCGUCACGCAACCAUGGACAGUUCGUUUAAGAAAAACUUACUCCACGUUUCAAACUUAACAUUUCAUUCAUGAAGUGGAUUUGCAGUAUUUUUUUUCUUAUUGAUAUAACGAGGAAGUAUUAUUUAAAAAGGGAAAAUUUUCUCUUUUCACCCAACGAGAAAUGCAGCUAUCCAAGUUUAAGCGGCUUAUUGUUCGGUAUCUCUGAUUUGAAAAUAUCUGAGGUCAAGAGAAUAUUUUCAUGCAUGCUGAGGUACGAUAGCUAUGAAAAGACCAACAGGUAACCUCUUUAGAAGCCUUGUGAAAAGGACAUGAUGGUGGAUGGCCAAUAAAGAGAAGUCAGUCGUUUUUCUCUUUCCUCUAGCAAUUCAUCGUCCAACCAGGCUCAUUCCACUGUAUGUUCCCCCCUUUUCCCCUUUUUUUCGGUACCACUUUUUUUGUAUUCCUCAAUCUUGUCUCGGAUCUCCCUCUGAACCUGUCUGUGUCAGUGGCUCCAUCAAAUCUUAGGAUAUGCCACCUUGCAGAAAUACCCAAAUAAGUUUGAUAAGCAGAUCGUGGAAAACUUGAAGAAAGAUUUUAUUCACUCGAAGAGAGAAUAUUUUAUCAUUUUAAUUAGCGACUAAUGCCUAAAAGAGCCGCUAAAUUUGCUAAGAAAGCGAGGUCCAAAAUAUAACACAUUAACCCUAUCGACGGAAUGAUGGAUGUUGAAAUGGCAGAAUGGCAGAAUAUCCUGCAACGCGAAAUGUCUUGUUGUGGGAAGCAAAAGUCUCACCUGAAAAAUGGAAUUGCAAUGAAAUAAGAAAACAAUUUAUAAUUAAUAGGCAAAAUUAAAAGAGGCAUAGUUUAAUCACUAUUAAAGCCUAGUGAAUAGACAGAUAGAGGAACAGUAAGGUUUUUGCACCAGCCCCUAUAAAUAAUCAAUGCUAUUACUAUUGUUAUCAUUGAUAUUAAUCUUUCUCUUGAGGAACAGAGUUCUCGUAAAUGUGUGGAAUGCGGUAGGUUUUCAAUUCUGUUUUUAAACAAAUCUUCAUUUGCAACGCCACUACCUUUUAACAUCAUUCUUCAAACUCUAGUUAUUUUCAGUGCUACAAAAAUUGCGCUGAAUCAGUAGCCAUAUGCAGUCUUAACUGCCUAUUUGUUUUCUUUUAAGUGAAGCACAAGCCGCACAAAGCACUAGGCACGAGUCGGCGCUUAGCUAUCUAAACAUUCCAAGCCAUGGCAACAGGCUUUAAUCACGAUAUUUAAGUGUUUGGAAAAGAGAGCCUGGGUCGAGAUUACUCAGGGAGGGGAAAAGUUGGUUCGUACCUUCUUAUUCAGUUUUGGUUGAACUUUUUGCCUGUCUCAGAGCAUAGAGUUUAAUAAAGAUACAGUUGGUGCAAGCUUUGUUCUUAAUUUCAAGUCAAGCAAAUCUUACCUAUGUAACGACGAGCGAAGGACCUGCCCCACACAAGGAUAAUUCGUAGCAAAACAGCGACACAAAUAUUCAUCAGUAGCCGCAUCAUUUGUUUACGGUUCAGCGUUGGGUUUAUCUUAAUCUAAUUUAUCCACUGAGAAGUACACCUUCCUUCGCUCACUUGACUGGUUUCCAGCCGCACAGCAUACAUCUGAAGCGCUUUUCAAUCUCGAGUUCUUCGCCGUAGUCCUUUUGCCAAGGAGAGAUUUUUGUAAAUGCACUACGGGUCCGACAUUGAUCAAGUACAUGCAAUUGUCAAAAUUAUGUUCGUGACGUUGAAUUUACAGUAGAACGACGUUGCCCGAAAAAAAAUCGGCAUUUAUAGUUUACAAUAGCUUAUUUGCGUAAAAGAGGUCUAUCGACUGGUAAGUAAUUCUCGUCUAUUUCUUUCAAAUAAAGUGAUUUAACCUCUUUUGCUCUAAAUCAUGACUGAAUGCAUUCGUAAGUUUUAGACAUCUAGGCCGUAGUCACGAUUAUCCAAAGUUGCGAAUAAAAUGUUUGUAAUUUCGAAAUAAGUCCAGAAUCACUGCUUUCAAUGGAAGCAGGUAACACCACCAACGUUAGCAAUGAUUGCAAGAAGGCCAACAACUUUCCAGCUUUUAACAUGUCUAGAAUUGCGUAAUUGCGGAACUUAGGCGGAAGCUUUUUAAAAGAACUGGCUACACAGUUUCGAAAACGGCUUUGUACACAUUAGUUGAGCUCGCGAUCAGAAGAAUAUUGUUUGUGUUUAAUAGUUUAAGAGAUGUAUGAGUUAACACAGACAAGAAUAUUUCCAUUCGAAGUGUUUUCGAUUUGUGUGAAAGUUUACACCAGCUAUUGUGACAUUUGAAACGCCGGGUCGUGCAUGUAAUGACACGCUCUGGCUGUCAGAUAAACGCGUGGGUUACUAAUACUCUAAAAGAAUAAGACUGAAUUGUUUCUGAGCAUUGUUUGUCUUUAGGUGAAUGUUAAUGGUUAACAUCGCGUCCAUGCCUCAUUGAGCUUUAGAAAUUUUGCAUUGUCAUGGCUGAUAGGAUGCUAAUCGACAUUAUUCGUCUUUUUGAACAAUUUUGAUACAGAAGCUACUGCAUUUCCCUUUUACAUUUUGGUAUCGUUGAUAUCAGUUUUAUCCUUAAACCACACAUAAGGCAUUAAAGGGGAAGUACAGUCUAGAAAAAUUUUACUUUUAUUAAAAGAACUUUUCCUCAGGAGUUGGAAAAUAAUUGCCGUUUUCGUUCAACUUUCUCUCGUUAAAGUCCACACUUACUCAAAAACUUACCUACAUUAAGAAAACAAAGCAUACAAACUAAAGAGGUAUAUUUACAAUUAAUAUUGUGGUGAAGUUCACCCUUAUAAGAAAAGAUUUCAACACCACAUGCAAUAAAAGGGCUGACAACGAACUGCAUUUGUUUCUUACGGUACGCAUCAGACUAACUUGCUAACAACUUUAGCAUUUUGUUUGCAUGAAUUUUAUGAAAAAUGUUUAUUCUGUCGGUACUUACUCAUUUGACGGAUGACUUCAUUUCUCACUUAGUGCAUGCUAACGAGGGCUGCUUUCAUAGACGUCGGCUAGUGAACACAUGGGUCCAAAUGAUUCGUGCUCAGUAAUACACUGAAGCUUGUUCCCUGCAAUGUCAAUGAUAGUUCAUAUCACUCAGUUAGCAGUGUGGAAUAAAUCCUUCAUUUUGUUUUACUUUUCUGUCAUGUUUAGGGUUGAAAUUAUCUGCCAUUUUACGUCAUAAUUCAGAGUUUAUAGAAGAACUGUGUUUGUGCUUGGACCGUGAUACAAGAGUGAUGCGUAAUUGGAGACAUUUGGCAUCAAUACUGGAUGUCGACUCGGAUGUGAUUACACGACUAGGACAGUAUGGUGACUUCAGUCCUACCAUCCGAUUAUUUGAUUAUCUCGCGGCCUCGAAUCCAGAUUUGACGAUUAAAGAGCUAAAAGACAUCCUAUUAGAGAUCGGGAGAAACGACCUAAUCAGUUUACUGAUCACAAGAGGUAUAACACAAAAUUGACUGAAGUCAAUUGCUAUUCUGUCUCUGUCAUCUUUUAAGAGGACUUUCAGUAUGGGACGUUUGGAGGUUGCCGUAUCUCCUCAGACACAGAUUUUGAUACUGUUAGUUAGUAAACCUUGUUGGUGUUGUUUUUUUUUUUUUGGGACGGUAUUGGCUCACUGAAAAAUGACCCAUUGAUCAACUGUCUAAAUUUAAUAGAUUUUAGGGAGCUUUUGAAAACUUGAAGGAUUGUUAUGUUGGAUUAAUAACUAAGUAAUUUCCUGGCUACAUUUCACAGCUGUUCAAUUUUAUAUAAGGGAGAAUUGUGAGUAUUGUGAAACAGUGCAUGGAAUUCUGCUCAUCACGAGUGUGACGUAUCUUUAUUUGUUUUUUAUUUAAAUUUUUUCCUCUGUGUGUGGCAGUUUAUCAAAAAGGUUCUCAGGAAUUCAUACUGAGUAUGUUUCUCUUAAUUUGUUUGACUAUCAGCCGGUUGCACUGACACUGAAAGAGUUCUUGAUGUGAUCACUUCGCCAAGUGAUGAAGCUCCUUCACCCACAGUUAGUCUUUUGGACGAAAUUGCGUUAGCUUUAGACAGGACGUCACUGGUUUUGUCAAACUGGUAUACCUUGGCGUUAAAACUGGGUGUGUCUAGAAAAACCUGCUGGACGUUUGAGAGACGAUCGACUGAAAAUCCGACCGGCAGAUUGUUCCAGCAUUUGGCUACAACUUGCCCACAAAAGACACUUUUAAGUCUUAAGGAAGCUCUGGAUUCUAUUAAGAGAAAGGAUCUGGUGAAUUUUCUUCAUGAGGAGAAACUGAGAGGUAAAGUGUCGAGCACUGCAUCACAAAUAACUUAAGUUUAACGACGCCUAGCACCUUUGCAGCCUGGAUUUUGUUUCUAAGUUAUCGAUAGAAAAGUCAGACUCUCCUGUUUUUCAGGUGGUCCCUAACUAUGAAGAGCUCAAUAUGCAAUUGGCCGCAUGAGUAUUUCAAGAAUCGAUUGGACAAAAGUUCUCUCCGCGCUGAGGCCCCUUUUCUUGAAAGUUAACUACUAAUGAUCUGUGGAUACCUUUAUUUUUCUGUAGACGACAUGUUACUUAAGGAUAUCAUAACCCCUGGAUCGGAACUCUUAGAAAGAUUGGCGCUAGAACUUAAUCGAGAGGACAAUCCCGGAGUCAAAAACUGGACACAUCUGGCCUGGAAAAUGGAAGUACCAGCUGACGUGCGUCGGGAGUUUGCUAAUGUCAAACAAGUCAGGAAAAGUCCUACAAAAGAGGUUCUAGAAUGGGUGGCCGCGCACUUCCCUGAAAAAGCAUUAAGUGACGUUGCAAAAGCUUUAGAUGAGAUUCAGCGAAAUGACACAAUACAGAUAAUAUCCAAGUAUUUUCCCAACACAGUUGGUAGGUUCUCGCUGAUAUAAGUACAUUGGGGUUUAUUGGACAGUUUCAGUCUUUGCCUUUCCUGAAAUAAUCUCUUUGACUCCUCGGUGCGGCACUUUCAGUUUCUUAUGCCCAAGCCUGCUUCUUUUUGUUAUACAAGCCAUGAUCUCUAAUGUGCAUCACCUCGUACCCCUUGUACAAGAGAUGGCUAGAAGAAAAGUAUUCGGGUACAGGCACAUGCUAGGUUUUUUUGGAUGUCACAACAACGCUUACAAAAAAAAAAAAAAACAGGAACAAUAAAAAAUUAAUUAUACACACAAAAAGUCCUAUGUAUACAUCUUAAACUCUGACUCUCUAGCUCUGAUUUUUUUUUUUUUACAACUCAAGGUCCGUAAAACUACUCUCGCACAUGCGAAGUAAGAUCGACUUAACUAAGCUAUCCUCUCAUAACAUUGAAUACCUUUUCUCUUCCUUCAGAUUCAGCCUUGCAAGGACUUGGUCGUUCAUUCAAGGACAGCUUAACCAUGCCAGAUCCGACUGGUCAGAUGUUUUCAACUAGCUUCGAGAGAGAAGAGCAGGAUUCCUUUCCUAACAAAGGUAAGAAGGAAAGCGUUAAUUCACCCGUGAUGUUCAUAGAAUUAGCUAGUUAAGAAGCCUUGGUCGAAAUUGUGCUAUGAUUAUGUAACUAGGAACAGUCAUUUUCAAUGGGUUUGUCAUCAUUUCUUUGUCCUUACUUAGCUCAGUUAUUCGAGGAGCUAAGUGGAUAGAAACCUCAUCAAAAAGUAAUCUUCGCAAAACUAUAUGUUGAUGUUUAUGUCGUUGUAGCUUGUAUACGACGGUAGAUUACUAACAGCUUCACGCUUAAUGCCUUCUCCCCACUUCAAGUGGUGUUUUCAAUCUUGAACAGUAUAUCACCAUGGUCGCAUUCAAAAUGCGAAAGCUUAUUAAAGGCUGUUUGCGCCUGAAUUUAAGCCAAAGGCAAUUUCAUGCCAAAAUCAUGUUUUGAAAAUUGCAAAAUCAACAACCACGUUUACAAACGGCGAUUUUCCCUAACUUAGGAUCCGAUUACCCAAAGAGUUCAGUUGCUCGAUUUCUGAGAAAUGCUUAAAGCGUUUAGCCCUUCUAAACCUUCCGUCUACAAAAGGUUUAUCUGUGGCAUUUUCUGUUUGUGGAACGUAUAUAAGUGAAAGCAAGAUCCAAAGUUUUGUUGUUUUUCCUACCAACUUCCACGCAACUAUUAAACUCACACUCUUAUUGUCACCAGAGUUGCUCUUCCUUUUUAUUGGGCUGCUGUGCUUUAUUCCAAUGAAUAGUGGAAAGGGAUAAAUGGUCUUAAAUGGUCUUUCUGUCUUUUCACUUGCAGAAGUGAAGGAACAAUCUGGUCAUUAUGGUAACUUGCCAGAUCGGAUUGAUUUGGUGGGCCGCAAUGAAACAUGCGAACGUAUCAUAACUGCCCUGUCUUCAAACAUGGCUGUUGAAAUUGUAGCACCACCUGGAUAUGGGAAAACGUCGGUGGUAAUAGAGGUCGCUCAUAGGAUGAUCGAAAGGAAAACGUAUGUCGCGUACGUUAAACCUCGAGGUGUCACUUGUGUAGAAGAUUUAGCAAGCAAAAUAAUCGAGACUCUAGGGUACGUUCCUGGCGAAAACACAAUAACUGAAGCAUUAAGUUGCAUAUCUUCUCUAAAGAGAAAAAGUGUUGUGUUGAUCAUUGAAAACAUUGACAACUUACUGCAUCUUGAGGAUCAAUUGAGCAACGAUAAAUACCAUCAGGAAUUAAAAUCUGAAAAUUGCUGUACUCAAAUGUGGGGUAAAGUCACGCAGGGCGACUUUUUGACAUUUCUAAAAUACCUCGGACAAAGUCCAAACAUCCAGCUUGUCCUCACAUCACGAGAAACCUAUGAUUUCAAUGCGUCUCUUCCUUUCGAACUGAUUAACCUAGAACCUCUGAAUGACAAUGAUUCAGCCUCUAUGUUCUCAAAGUGUGAGGAUGGCCUGGACGACGAUCUGAUUAAGGAGCUGGUCAGCGUUUGUGGUGGUAUUCCCUUGAUGAUCUGCACAGUGAUCUCGAUUCUAAAGGGAGAAAAUCCCCAGAAAGCGACCCAACUUUCCACAACUUCACCUAGUUGUCUUGCUAGAGAACUUUUAGCCAACGAGGAUCGCAUCGCCAAAUCUCUUGAAAUCUGUUUUGAUCGCUUAAGUCAAGAAAAUCAGAAGAUUAUUUUGAUGCUCUCAACAUUUCCACACAGAUUCACGCAAGAGCAAUUUCAAGCAGUCUUUGGGUCAUCUGUCACGGCUGAUUUGCAAACUUGCCUAAAUUCCUUGGGGCAUAGCAACCUCCUUCGCUUCCACAGGACAAAUUGUCAGUAUUCCUUCCAUCCUUUCAUACGAGAUUUCUUUUCACUGAAGUCCGAUCACAUGGACGCCAAAUCAACCUUCAUUCGUCAUUACAGUGACUUGGCUGUUAAACUUUGCGAAACAUUCUUGAGUAACGAUUGCAAGUUGGCAAUUGAUCAGUACAGAUCUGAAAAGGACAACAUUCGGGAAGCCAUGGCUUGGUGUGGAGACGAUCAUCCUGAGCUUGACCAAACUUUCAGGGAGCAAUGCAUCGACGCCUUUAACGAGGCUGCUGGAUUUCUUGCCAAGGUGAUGCGCAAACAAGAAUUUCAGUCGCUCUUUUGCAAGCUUGCGUAUCAAUGUCGCUCCCACUUGCACCUCUACAGUGCUUGCUUGACGAACAUCGGAAUGAAGAUAGUGUUAAGCUGCACAUGUACCCCACACAUUUGUCCAAGAGCCUUGUAUCAGGCCAGAGAAAUGUUGACUCAAGCAAUUGACAUUCAAUCAAGACAUAUGGACGUGAAGGACACCACUCGUGCCCAGUGCAUGAGCAAGUUUGGAUUUUGUUAUGUUCGCGAGGGGCGCGUUGAUGAGGGCUAUGAAUAUCUCGAGAUCGCCUUGAAAUUGCGACGGGACAGAGUAGAGAAACUAAACAGGAUCAAAGAUCAUGUCAUGUUAGCUGCCUGUUUCAACGAUGUAGCAGGUUAGUGGCAAUUAAAUUUCUUAAUGCUUUCAUGGUAAGAUCUAUUCGUAAAGGGGAAUCAUCUGCGGAAAGUUAUCCCCAUUGAAUCUUUUCCAUGAAAGCUAGCAAUAAGAUCCACGAGCACCUCGCACAAGCUUCAUUACGAACGAAAUUGUUUAAGUACCAUUUAGAUAAAUUGAUGCAACAAUUAGGAGGUGAUGUUGGUGGCAUAUGCUGUUGUGUAGAAAGAACUCAAGGCCAUUUUCCUUCACCACUCUAGUACUCAAUUGGUAUGGCUAAUGCGGGUCUUGUAAGUUAAAUAAAAAGCGCAGUUUUAAAAAUAGACAGGCGAUCGACCUUGCAUCAUUCUGGUUUCUUUUUUUUUUCUUUUGACCAACGACCUCUCAACCUCUCUACAUCAUCGCCCAGAAUGCAAAGACAUAUCCGGGACCUUGACUGCGCCGCCGGCGGUGAAUUUGAAAAUUGAUUAGUGAAGUGGGCUAAAAUAAAAGAGAAAUUGAUUUGAAAAUAUCGAAGAGAGCUUGCAUUUUUUAAGUUCUCGUCCAAACUACGCAAUAUUCUUAGUUUUAGCAGGUGGCUUUUAUAGGAGAGAAAUAAAAAAAAUAUAUUUUUCCAUUCUCGCCUCAUUGUAUCUUCCUUAAUCCCUGGCUAUUUUUAUUUAAAAUUUGGCCAUUUUAGUCAUUGCACUCUUCUGGUUGAUCGCUUUUUUUUUUUGACUCGCAGCUUCUCAAAUGGUGCAGCGAAAACACAUGAUGGCCAUCCAAACAAGGCUGUCACAUGUCCUUCCUGUUUAUGAAGAGAACCUCGGUGACCACCCUUUUACGGCAACCACUCUUAGUUCGAUUGGUAACAGUUACCACGCCUUGGGUGACUACGACAACGCCAUUAAAUACAGCAGCAGAUCAAUUUCAAUCCGAAGGCAACUGUUGGGGCAACAUCAGGAAACUGCGAAGUCUCUGUAUGAUGUGGGUGUGGCUUACAGCGCGAAACAGGACUACGAAACGUGAGUAAACAUAGUUUGCUAUUUAUUGUAAGGCAUUUUGUAGAUCCGAUACCCUCUUAGCAAAGGUUAACAACAAAAUCGAGUGCAAGCAAUAUCGACCCUUGCAAAAACUUUUAUUCUUCGUGCCUUUGUUCCUUUAAACUUUUCAUCGUAAUCAAUGCAACUCCAUCAAAAUGUCAAGUUUACAUGAAUUUCCCAUUGUUAAAAUAUUAGAGGAACACAUGGUAGUCAAGAACGAGGGGAAGAAAACUACUCUCGAGGCGUGCUCAUUUGGUCCAAAAAUGUUUCUUUGUAUUCUUACCGCGUCGACAAGUUUUUAGGUAGUUUAGCGACAAUUGCGAUGCGUGUGUUGUUUGCUUGUUAGAUCACGUCCUUAUCUUCUAAUUUUGCUGCUGUCGAGUCAAUUUUCCUGUACAACCUCAAACUUUUUGUAUUUUGGUUUAGCAAAUUGCAGUGAAUGACUCAAAGGUGAUAUCUAAAAGACUGUAUCACGACGCAAAUAUUUUUCAUCGCAGAAUUCUUUCUUGAACGGUAAGAUGAGGAAUGAUGUAACAUUUCCUAAGAGAAUAUAUCAUAUGGAUGUGAAUCUCGCUUGGUAAAAACACUAGCAGAUAUGUGACACCUCUUUUGGAGGAAAAACGUCUAGGAAAUUCAUUAUUUGACGUUGCAUCUUUCUUAGAGCCCUCCACUACCUGAAAAAGGCAGUUGAUUACCAAGAAAAAGUGUUAGACACACAGGACGAGCUGAUUCACACCCACCAAGCGAUGUCGAUUGUUCUUUGUGCUCUUGGAAGAAACAAAGAGGCAGAAGAAGAAGUAAAUCGCGCGGGGGAGUGCGCAAGCAAGCUAGAUUCUUGGGAGGCUCCUUUAGAUAAACUGAGGACCCAAGAACGAGACAGCGAAUAGAUAGAUGUUUUCCCCUCAAAGCCACGGAAUUCAGCAUUGUAGAAAAACCUUUUGCAUUAAACCGUUUUAGGAUGUAGAUUUGACAAUAGAUCAAUCGAUUGAACAAAGAGAAUCAAUGCUUUGAUAUUUACUAAGUUUCCGUUCAUUGAUUUGGUUUGUUACUCACUGCGGUCAGUAAAGUGCCAGUGUUAAGGACACUAGCCAGAAGGCUCAUUAUUGAAUUGAUUAGUGAUUAAUUUAAUAGUUUCAGAAUGAUCCUAGAUACGAACAUAGUCACAAUGUUUAUCUGUUUGUCUAUAUUUUUAUUGGUUUUGUAAUCGGACCUCUCAGCGUCACCACGCGCAUAUAAAAGGCGAGUUUAGCGUCCCUGUAAUCAGUUCUUCGUAAGUUUUUGAGUAGUCUUGGUAAACUUUCUUCCUUUCAUUUUCUUAAAACUUUGGCAUAAGAGGGAACGAUAUGUGAAAACCUUUAUAACUUUGUUUUCUAAAGUUUAGUUUCUCAGUAUUGGGCAAAAGUAUACAAACAGACAUUUUGUUGUAGUACCUUAUUUUCAAUUGAUUUAAGAUUAAAAUGCCAAAAUUGUAUCAGAUGAAAGUGAAAGCCCACCAUUUGGAUAAGAACAAUGGGUUGUUAACCAGCCACCAAGAUUCUUGUAAUUUUUGUACCGAAACUUUUGUACUUUAACGUAGUUUGUACUGGUUUUUUGUAUUAUUCAUUGUCAUUCUAAUCUCGUUAUCGGCGUUAAGGCUCAGUUUUUUACGCGCAAUUUUUUUAUUAAGUAUUUCGCAGCAUUUCACUAGAUUGAUAGAAUUUACUUGUUUUAUUGUUUCAGUUUACAACUGAUUGUGAGAUUGAUCGUUGAUUGUGGUUUGUGGUCG